AUGGCGAUGUGGAUAAACGAUAUUGAGAACGUAACUUACUUUGGGGACCCAAGGGUACACUACGAAGUUACCGCUAAUGAACCCAUUUUGGAACAACAUCUUCACAUCUGUGAAGAUUUUCUAGCCCUACACGGUAGCUAUCCAUUACAGAUUGAACAAUACUGGCAGGCAAUGCUGCUAACAUCUUGGAAACGGUACCCUGUGCCUGGGAUAACCUAUCCGUGCGGAAAUCAGGAUAAGAGAUAUAAUAAGACGAAUUUUGGUGGAAUGUAUUAUGCAGAUCCUAUCCCUUGCAAAGAUUCCCCUAUAUGGAGUAUAGGCGAUGUUUACGUUGGGCGCAGCGGGAAACGUGGCUUUUAG